AUGGCUGAGGAGGCAAGCAGUGGAGCAGCCGCGGCAGCAGCAGCAGCAGCAGCUAGUGCUGCCGGACCAGCAGCCGGUAGCACAUCAGCAUCGGCCGCAAACAACAACGGUGUGGUCAAUACGAAUCCAAACGCAGAAGUUAUCCGCGGUCAGCUUUUUGAGGUUGGACCGCGAUAUGUCGGUUUGACCUACAUCGGCGAAGGAGCCUAUGGAAUGGUUGUUUCUGCAGUGGACACCGUCACCAAGACCAAAGUUGCCAUCAAAAAAAUAUCUCCCUUCGAGCAUCAGACCUACUGUCAGCGAACAUUGCGGGAAAUCAAAAUCCUUACCAGAUUCAAACAUGAAAAUAUUAUAGACAUAAGAGAUAUCCUCCGGGUGCCUAGUAUAGACCAGAUGAAAGAUGUAUAUAUUGUUCAGUGCUUAAUGGAGACUGAUCUAUACAAACUACUAAAAACACAGCGGCUAAGUAAUGAUCAUAUCUGCUAUUUCCUGUAUCAAAUACUUCGUGGCCUGAAGUACAUCCACUCGGCAAAUGUGUUGCACAGGGAUCUGAAGCCCAGCAAUCUGCUGCUGAAUACGACUUGUGAUUUAAAGAUUUGUGAUUUCGGUCUUGCACGCGUAGCCGAUCCCGAGCACGAUCACACGGGCUUCUUAACGGAAUACGUAGCCACCAGAUGGUACCGGGCGCCGGAAAUCAUGCUCAACUCCAAGGGCUACACAAAAUCGAUUGACAUCUGGUCGGUCGGGUGCAUACUGGCGGAGAUGCUGAGCAAUCGGCCCAUCUUCCCCGGCAAACACUAUCUGGAUCAGCUGAACCACAUUCUUGGGGUGCUCGGUUCACCGUCCCAGGAGGACCUGGAAUGCAUCAUCAACGAGAAGGCGCGCAGCUACCUGCAGUCGCUGCCGUACAAACCGAAGGUCCCGUGGUCCCGCCUAUUCCCGAACGCGGACCUGAAUGCGCUUGAUCUGCUCGGCAAGAUGCUAACGUUCAAUCCACACAACCGCAUCUCGGUGGAGGAUGCCCUAGCCCAUCCAUACCUGGAGCAGUACUACGAUCCGUUGGACGAGCCCGUUGCCGAGGAACCGUUCCGUAUCGCGAUGGAGCUGGAUGAUCUUCCGAAGGAAACGCUCAAACGAUUAAUCUUCGACGAAACGCUACGCUUCAACCACAACGACAACAACCUUCCGGACGGUAUGUAA